AUGCAAGCGCGAGACCGCUAUACCGGCAUUGCUCCCAAAGCCAGCACUCCCUCGCAGCCUUCCGUAUGCGUCCAAUUAGGUGCAAGACCUGUAAGAUUAGGAUCCGGAUCCCGGCGUGCUGCGUCUGGAUCUAAAAGGGCAACAUCAGCAUCUGAAUCCCCUGGAAAGCCUGAUGUUGUCAGCAGUAGCAAUCGCAGUAGCAGUGGCGGUAGCAGAAGUUCUGGUGGAGACCCCAGGACGCAGGCUAACGUAUCCUCACUUACUACAAGUAGUGAUAAGGCAGACGCCGACGUCAUAGCGGCUGCCGGCGCCGCCGGUGCCACUUCCACGGCGGGCUCGGCAGCCUCCUGCACUGCCGCCCGCGGACACCGACUGCCUCACAUUGGCAGCUUGGCAGUGUCUCUCGCCUUCCUGAUAGACUUUGCAGAACGUCACGUGCCCCCUUCACAACCCACUUGGGCGGUAGUGGGGGAGCUAAUCAAGCCCCACACGCUGCAGGAAACCAUACGCUAUGUGGACCUCCCCGAGGUGUUUCGCCACACGAUACCGCCCGAACGCUCCGACUACUACUUCAUCAGUCACGCAUGGGGGCGGCCUUUCCGGGAGAUGGUGGGACUGUGUGCGCACUACCUUCGAGGCGCUGUUCCGGAGGACACGUACGUGUGGUGCGACAUCUUCAUCAUCAAUCAGCAUCCCGGGCAGCAGCAGGCGGACGACCUGCAGCAGCUGAGGCUGGCGGUGCAGGACGCGGUGGUCACCCUGGUUUGCACGGACGCGGCAGGGGCCCCUUUUGAGCGCAUCUGGUGCCUAUUUGAGAUGUGGACAACUCUCACCGCUGCUGCGGAUCAUGACGAUAGCGUCCCCAGCAGAAGUAGCUGUAAGGGUAGCGGCAGCGGCAGCGGUGGCGGCUGCGGCGAGGGUGGGGUGAUAGAGAGCGGCGGGGCUGGCGGUUCCGUCCGCAGUCGAAGCCAGGCACUUGUGGUGCUGACGACGGGACUGUCGGCAGCUCAGCGUGCAAAACUGUACGGCCAGAUCGACGCCGCCACUGCCAAGGCCACCGUACCCUCCGACAAGGAACGCAUCCUGGCCGACAUCGCCCGCUCAUCGGGGGGUGUCACCGCCUUCAACGCCGCCGUGCGCUGUGCGCUGCUGCUGCGGCCGCUGGACUAUGAGAGCGAGCUGGCGGCACUUACGGACACAGCGGUGCCGGUGACCCAUGGGUCGUUGACCCAUGGGUCGGCGAUCAGCACGGCGGAAGCGGUCCCGCCGCAGGACUGGGACUUUGCUACCCUGGACUCGUGGCUGGGUCUGGCGCCAUCCCACAGGAACUACCGGGCGCUGGCCCUGCUAGGGGCACCCGGCACCGGCAAGUCGUCCGCCGCCGCCGCCGCAGUGAAGCGCAUGAUGACGAUGACGAUGAGCCCAAUACCCGCGUCUGAGGCGGAGGAGCAGCGGAGGAGGCGAGGAAGGAGCAUGACGGCGGCGGCAGAGGGCCCCCUACCCGUCGCGAUGCAUUUUUGCCGUGCAAACAACCUGCAGGCUCUUGAUCCUCUGGCCGCAAUGUGCACUCUGGCCUACCAGCUGUGCCUUCUCUUCCCGGAGGAGCUCCAGAGCUACUACGCAUUCGAGCUUGGGAAGGGCGACAGCGGCGGCGGCGGUGGCCGAGGUGGAAACGGCGGAGAUGAUGGCGACAGCGGCAGCGGCUUUGAGCUCCGGGUGAUUGCCGGUAUGGCUGCCGCGGAGGGCGGCGGCGUGGCCGGCGGCGGCGGCGGCGGCGGCGGGAGGGCUGGGGAUGGCGGCGGUGGACAAGACCCGGUGGCGGCGGCGUUUGAAGCACUGCUGCUACGGCCGCUGGAGCUGUUAUGGAAGUCAUACGAGGAUGCCGUACAAAUAGCCGCUGCAGCUGCCGCCGCUGCCGGCCAGGUGAACCCCGGCUCUGAGGAUGUGGACGAGGUGCAGGCGCAGCAGGCGGAGACCGCUCAUGGGGCAGCGGCAGAGGCGGCAGCAACGUCCCCGCCGCCUCCGCUGCCGCUCUCAUCACCGCUAUUGCCACGUCUGGUCAUCUUGCUGGAUGCAAUCGACGAAGGGGACUCGGGGGCCGUCGGCGGAUCACACGAGAACGCGAUGUUGUUGCUGUUGCAGGAGCACUUCCCCCGCCUGCCGCCGUUCGUACGGCUCAUCGUAACGGCUCGGCCGCUUUCGCACAUCCGCGCCCUGUUGGCCCACAAGUUCGACCCAUGGGUCAUUGCACCUGAGGACUUGAGACCGCCCGCGCCCGUGUGUGCUGCCGCGCUAGCGACACGGCUGUCGCGGCGGCCUGAGCUGAUGGCUGCCUUACAGAGAUCGGGGGCAGCGACGACCGCCGCUGAUAAACCUGCCUCUGGAAGCGGAACUGGAAGCGGCGGCGGUGGCGGCGGCGGCGGCGGCAGGGAUGCUGGUGUGUGGGUGGGGUCGUUGGCGGAGAGGCUUUGGAAGGCAAGCAGCGGCUGGAUGCUCUUUCUAAGGCUGUCAGAAGACGUGCUGGAGGCAACGGCCGCCGCCGCCGUCGCCGCCGCCGACGGCUCAGGGCCAAGCCCGCGGACGGUGUGCAAGUCAGCGCAAGCUCCGUCGCCGUCGCCGCCGUCGCCGCCGCUGGAGGCAGCGCUCGCGUCCGUUGUGGCUGAGCUGGAAGCGGCGGCAGCUGCCCGCGCCGCGCCGUUGCUGUACUCUCUCUACGUGAGGGUGCUAGUGGCGCCGGCGCCGGCGGCGGCCGGCGGAAGUGCCGCGGCGGGGCGGCGGCCGCCGCUGGGAGCCCCGGGGGGGGAACCCCGCGCAGCACUGCAGCUGGCGUUACUUCUGGAGGUCCUGGGCGCCGCCCGCGAGCCGCUCUACCUCUCCCAACUAAAGGACGUGGGGCUCUCUGAGAUCUGCUCCGGAACCGCCAUCACCUCCGCUGCCGGUCUGCGACUGGGCUGCUUGGUCAACGUGCGUGGCUACAAGCUACACGGUAUACACAGGUCUCUCUUCGAGUGGCUGGCGGCCGACGGUGCCGAGGAAGUGACCCGACUGCUCGCGGGCGGCGGCGCCGCUGCCGGCGGAGCGGCGGGUGGCGGCCGCGGCGGCCGCGGCCUCCGCCGCGGGCACGCGGCGCUGGCAGCGAUGACGUUGCGGGACGUGGCUGCCUCAAGGGCCUCGCAGGCGGCGGCAGCUGCGGCCGCCAGUGGUAAUUGCGGCGGCGGCAGUGGCGGCGGCGGCGCGCGUGGUCCCCGUGGCCCCGAUCCGUACUCAUUGCAGCACGCCGUGGGGCACGUGUUGGAGGCGGCGGCCUCCCUGGUGGCUGACGGGGACGGUGAAGCGCCUUGCAUGCCGAAAAGGAAAGCCAGGAUUGGUCCGGGAAAGACGCUGCUCCUGGACUUCUACUACUGGCGCUGCGUUUACCAGGAUGGUUCAGCGGCGGCCGUCGCGUUGGCGGCGCUGCUGCGCCACGAGGCUGUCUUCGCAGCGGCGGGGGUGACGGCGGCGGCGGGGCCGACGGCGACUCCAGGGACGGCUGCAUCAUUGGCCGCCGAUGCCGCGCGGUGGCUGCAAUCUUACCAUGGCUCCCUGCUGCGAUUCCCCCAGGCGAUCCUGCAGUCCGCUCUGGCACUCCCCGCCGCCUCACCCAUCCGCGCCGCGGCCCUGGCAGCGCUGUCACCGCCUCACCCGCCUCAAGGUCCCGCUACCACCGUUACCAUCAACACCACCGCCCGCCCCGCCUCGGCUUCCGGAGCUGCCGUCGAUGCUGUCGCCAGCGAGCUGCACUCACCGCCGUCGCCGUCGCCGCCGUGUAGCCGCCCGGCCCCAAGCUCCUCAAGUACAGGAGCGGCGGCACGGAGACCUGGCUUCGAGUCUUCUGGGUCGCUGUCCGCUGCGCGGGUGCCGCCGGCGGCGGUAGGCACCGUCGCCGCCGUGGCGCAGCUGGCCGGGACGUCCUGGCCGCGGGCCUUUCCCCUCAGCAAUCCUCCUCCGGCGUGGGACGCGUGUUUGCUGACGGUGCAGAGCCGCGAUGAUAAGAAGGUGCACAUGUUGUCGCCGGUUACUGGAGGCCAGGCAAGUGCCCAGAUGUGUGCCGUACCGAGGACUUCCCCCCGUCAGAAUCACUUCACUUCAAUUCAGGGUCUGCGCUCCUAUCAGUUACACCUCUUAGUUGCGUUGGUAGCGGGGGUGGGCCUCAUAGAGGGUCAUACUGACCGGGUGUACUGCGUGGCGGUACGGCCGCAAGUAGCGGCCCAGACCAGGCAUCAGACUCUACCCCAGUCCCAGACCCAGCGCCGCCGAAGGGGCUCCGAAGGCGCUGACAGCCCCUGGGGUCAGAACAACCCGUCAGGGCCACUUGCACCGGCCACUGCUACAGGUACCGCUGAUCCUAAUUCCACGGCGGCGCUGGUGGCGGGGGUGGAUGCGGAGACGGCGGCGAAGGCCCAGAUUCACGUUCAGACGGCGGCGGCGGCGGUGGUGGUUGCCAGCGGCUCUCUGGACGGUCACGUGGCGCUCUGGGACGGAGCCACCCGCAUCCAGCUACAGCAGCUAGAGCCAGGCGAGCGGAUGGCGUCACCAGAUGGGUUGGAUGGCGACGGCGCCAACAGCUUUGGGUUCUCUGCGGUGGAGGACCGACCCACGGGUCCGAGUGCCAGGGGCUCCGUGGACUGCCUGACCUUCAGCCCCGAUGGGUUCUGGCUGGCGGCUGGUACAAGCGAUGGCUCUAUAGCGGUAUGGAGCAUGGGCACCUCCGUUCAUGCCGUCAAGGCGUGGAUUGCCCCGCAAGCGCACAAGGAGGCUGUAGCGGGGCUGACGUUCUUAGAGCUGUCGCAGCCGGAGGGGGCUGCUGGCGCGGUCCGCAUGACAGGCCACAGGAGGGAGGGGAGUGAGAAGGCUGGGGUCGGCAGUGGACUGCCGGCCUUGGUGCUGGCUUCCUGUUCAGGUUGGAGAGGGGAGAUGCUCUGUGGUUGCGUCGGUGGCGGCGGCGGAGAAGGAGGAGGAUCCGGCGUUUUGUUGGUUACGGAGCCCCUCCGCACUCUCCGAGUGGACAGCGAGGCCCAGACCGAGUACGAGGCGACCGGGCUUCAAACGCAGCGAAGUGUAAACGGCGCAGCCGACCCAUGGUUCAUCUGCAAUGCGCCGGCCGCCAAAGACAGCAGUUGUAGCGCGGUUGAUGUAGAGGCGGCUGCAACGCAGCCGAUGCCACAGCCGCCGCUGCUAGGAGGCGUGGCGGAAGAUGUUAAUGGACGGCAAUCUCGCGCGUCGUACCGUGCUCCGGAGCAUUACUGCCUGGCGGCCGGCCCUGGUCUGCCACCAGGAUGCUUGCUGGCAGGAUCAGGUUCUGGGCCCGUGGUCGUGUGGGAUGUCGCUUCAGGGUUGCUUCGAGAACGUCUGCGGGGACACACGGAUGCCGUACGUUGCUUGGCACUUCAGGCUGCCCGGCAGCAGGCAGAGGAGGACUUGGCAGCUGCCGCAGAGGCGACUCACACCGCCGGGGCAGCAGCCGCGGAGGCUGGGCAGGCCCAGCGAGAGGAGGAACAGUCCGGGGCGGUGGAAUCCGAACGGCCACAGGAGACACAGGCCACAACUGCAGGGCCGCCCGGGCCGCGAGUGUGCCGCAGGCCGUGCCAGUGGCAGUGCGUGGCGGUGCUGCGCGGCCACACCCGCCUCGUCACAAGCCUCUCCUUCCUCACAUCAACAACAUCAUCACCGGCACAAGCGGCGUCUGGUCAGGUUUCCGGACCUUCUGCUUCUUCGGGCUCCGAGGUAGCACCAACAGCUGCACCAGCGGUCUGUCGGCUGGCGUCUGCUUCCGUGGACUUCUCGAUUCGAAUCUGGCAAGUAGAUCCAGCGGGGGACCCUCGGUCCGCGCUGUCACCCGGCAGCAGCUGUGGUGGACGUGGGGCUGGUGACGAUGAGCGUCCCGUGGGUCACGAGGGGUUCGCAGUGAACACGGCGGCGUUGUCCCCGGACGGCCGCCUGAUUGCCACAGGCGCAGAUGAUUUCCAAGUGUGCGUUUGGGACAGCACCAGUGGCGCCCACCGUCGCACGUUGCGCUGCUUUUACGGCCGGGUUACGGCGGUGGCCUUCUCCCGGGACUCCAAACGCAUGGCCACGGCAGCAGAGGACGGCACCGCGCGCAUCUGGUCGGUCGGCGGGUUCCAGACGGCGCUGUUGGAGGGGCACCCCUCGGGUGCUACGGCUGUAGCCUGGGCGGAGGACAGCUCCCUGGUGGCCACCGGGGCCGCAAGAGGUAACCCCGGAGUCCAGCUGUGGGACGCCCGUAUGGGCAUGCGAAUCAACACCUAUCGCUACCACGUGUCUGAUGUGGCGCUACUCGCCUUUGGAUCAGCCGUUGAGCUCCCGCCACCAGCACCGCAGCCAUUAGCCCAGGUACCCAGCACGCCCUCUCCUCGGCCGUCUUCAGUGUCUAAUGGCGUCUGCGCGACGGCAACAUCUGAGCAGGCGCCGCCGCUGGCGGCCCAGGAGACUCCCCAGCAGCGGCAUCACGUGCUGCUUAUGUCGGUGGACGUGCGCGGGCUGGCUUGCGUGUGGGACGUGUGGGGUGGCGGUCUGCUGCACUCCAUUGACCACGUGCAGGGAGCGGCUUUGGCGGGAUCCCGGCUGCUGUGGAUGCAGAGAGGACGCGUGGCUGCAAUCGUGACUUUUGAGGACGACGAGGUGGUUACGGAAGAUACACGCAGACGAGUGGACACUGAAUGUAAAUGCCGAGUGGACGAGAUCUUCCGGGACCACAUGUACAAAGUGUGCCGUUGCUGUGGU